AACAGAAAAUCAACGAUUUAAAAGAUUAAAACGAUGUAGAGGUGCCAAGGAGGGCCUAAGUCUAAUGUGUGUGUGCCUUCAUUGUAGGCAGAAUUAUUUGUUUCAUUUUUUAUAAAAGUCGAAAUUGUUGGCCAAGGCCCGUUACUCCUCAGUCCUCACUGUAAAUGACAGGAUUUACUAAAAUAAUUUGUUACCGUUUUCAUUAAAAUAUUUUGACAAUAGAGGAAGUAAAUUAUAAGAACAGAAACAAAUAAAUCUCCAUCAGGAAAGAAGAUUGAUUUCCUUUUGCCCGUGGACGUAGUUAAACGUAUACAACUCACUUGGAAAAUAAAAAUGAAUAAAAAGUACUAGCAUUUACUCAAAUAGUAUUUUUACUGUUGAAUAACACUUUAGGAAACAUAGAACGUGACAGGUUGUUCAUAAGAAAAUGAAUGCAUGGGACGAACUGCUAAAGUGAGUAGCUGAAUAUGUCGGUCAAAGGGCUAAUGUAGUCAUGAUUAUUAAAAAAGAAAACACACUCUUUUAAUUCAAUACAGUUAUACAAUUCUACUUUAAACAUUUUUCCACACAAAUUACAAAUUGAAUCAAUAUACUGCUAAAUCUCUUAACCUUUUAUGAUAUACUAUUAUUUAUUUAUAAAACAUUUUGCAGUACUUAUGAUGUAUUUCAUUUUUCAAUGUUAUUUAACAAAUUGUGUCACGUCCUGAUUUGAAACAGAAUUCUUUUAAGCUAGAUAUGUCAUAACUAUAUAUAUUAAUAUUAUAAUUAUUUUAGACAAAUAGAUGUCAAAAAAAGAGAUGAUGAUGUCAAAAAAAAGACAAAUAAUAAAUUAGAAGAAAAACUAGCCAAAAUUAUUUGGAGUUAAUUGAUAUUAUCGCCGGGAUUUUAGAAUGCAAGUCACGCAUUCACUCCGCACAAAAGUAGUCAUCCAAAGGAAGAAAAAUAAGACAACUAUAAGCAUGUCGUUAUGAUAUUCACUGACAAGAAUGUGGCGGCCCUUAUGUCAAUCUCAACUAAAUCAGAAAUCAGAAUAUUUCAAGCAAAAAUAAGAAACAAUCAAAUAAAAGCUAAUAAUUUUAAAAAUAUUUUAUUUCUAUAUUUUACUUAUACUCACCCCCAAAAGAUCCUAUAAAAUAGGAUUAAAGAAACAGUGAAUUCUGAAUCCUCCACUUUAAAUUUACUGACCCUUCUCUGCGUUUCUCUUUCUACAAAUCUCUCUGAUUCACUAAAUCUUUAGAAGCCAAGAAAACUUGAUUAGGUCAAAGGGAUGAUUAUGGAUGAGUAUAUGGAGUUAAGACCAGUGAAGUACACGGAGCACAAGACAGUCAUCAAGAAGUACACUAAAAAGUUACCGGUGGAGAACAAGAAGAAGAUCAGUACUGGUCGUGACUCGGCCAGGUUGGUCCGUGUGUGCGUGAUGGACCGUGAUGCCACUGAUUCAUCAAGCGACGAUGAGGAGUUUUUGUUCCCAAGAAGACGGGUCAAGAGACUGAUCAACGAGAUCAGAGUCGAACCUAGCUCCUCCUCCGGGAAAACUCUCACCGUCGUCGAUCCUACGCUUCAGAAGGUCUCUGUCUCCGGCGUUGAACAAAACCCGAGGAAGUUUCGCGGCGUGAGGCGGCGACCAUGGGGAAAAUACGCGGCGGAGAUUCGUGAUCCGGAGCAACGCCGGAGGAUCUGGCUCGGUACUUUCUCGACGGCCGAGGAAGCUGCCAUGGUCUACGACAACGCAGCGAUCAGGCUUCGUGGCCCUGAUGCUCUCACCAACUUCACUGUACCAACAGAACCUGAACCGGAACCAGUUAGCAACAUAUCGGUUUCUUUGACUUCAGAAUCAAUGGAUGAUUCUCAUCAUCUAUUAUCUCCCACAUCGGUUCUCAACUACCAAAUCUCCGAGCUAACCGAUGAACCGAUCAAACCGGUUAAACAAGAGUUCCCUGAACGGGAACCAAUAAGUUGGUCCGUUGGAGAAGAUGUUAGUAGUAAUACUGAUGAUUCAUUUCCAUUGGACAUUCCAUUUCUCGACAAAUAUUUCAAUGAAUCAUUGCCCGACAUCUCUAUCUUCGAUCAGUCCAUGUCUACUAUUGAAUCAUCAGACAAGGAUUUCUUCAACGGCCUGAUGUUUUUUGAUGACAACAUAGGAGUAGAAAACUACUAUCCCGAUAUCAAAGAGAUAGGAUCAGUGUUAAACGAUCUAGAUGAAUCUUUGAUUUCUGAUCUUUUGGCUGUGUGAUAUUUUACAAAAGAAAAAAAACAGGCUAACAUUGGUUGCAGAUAUCGCCAGUGUGUGUCAAAUUUUGUCCGAAGUUUUUUUUGAGUUUUGAUAAUGUUACAUUUUGUUCGUUUCUUAGCGUUAAAUGAAUUUGUUGAGAUCUAAUUUAGUGUUGGGUUGUCAGUAUGUAAAACAAUUUUGGGAGAAAUGUCGGGAAUGAAUAAUUAGUUGUUUUUGUGAGUUGUAUGAACGUGUUAUUUGUUUUUCUUUUGUUAAAAUGAGUUUAAUUACUAAGCAAAAAUGAAAUUCUCUUUGUCGAUGGAUUCCAACACGAGGAACCGCAAAUCAC